AUGCUACUGGAAGGCAUCCAGGGCUUCGCUAUGGCCCCUGGACUCCCCAAUAUCGACAACCACCCCCUAGACCCAGGGGGGCAGGCGCUAGGUCUGGUGAACCCCGUAGGGGCCUAUAUAGGCACCCCAGCGGGGACAGCACCACCAGCGCCCCCCGAGGCAAGUGCAACAGUCCCUCAGAGCGAGGGCUUCUUGCCUAGCCUGGAAAUCAACCCUAGGGAGUUGUUUCCCCCCCUAAGCAGCGUGCCAGGCUCCCAGGAAGCACCUAAAACUCUAGGGAAGAGACUACAGGAACACAGCCCUGACGGGGCAGAAAGAGCCCCCAUGAAGGCCCUAAUCAGCCCAGCCUACAAGGACAUGGAACAGGCCUUAUUAGACCACUUUACAAACAGCAAUAGCGCGCUGCACACGGAGAUGGCCGCUAUAAAGACCUAUAUGACCUCUCUGGUAGAGGCUAUAGAGCAACGCCUCACAGGCCAAUUAGGCGCUCUGAAGCGCCGUUUCUCAACCCUAAAAGCUCAACAGGCCUCCCCAAACGCCCCAAACCACCCUCUAAAGCCCCUAUCGUCAGGGGGCGACCACCAGAGCCCACAACAGCCUCUGCCAUCCCAGGGGACGACGUUUGCAGAGGUCGCCCAUGGCCCCCAAGCUAACCCAAAUAGGGCCGCUAAGCCCAUAGAGCCACGCAGAGCCUCACCCCCAAUAUCAAAACCACCCCCUGGGGUGAAGCCCGCAGCAGGCCCCCAGUGGGCCGAUAUAGCGGCCAGCAAUGCCCAGGAGUGGCAAAUCAUUACAAAAAAACGGGCUUACUCCCCGAACCAGCCCCCAAAAGUCCAAAUAGACCCAGGGAGCCUGAAGCCUAUUCGCGGAAGCAACAAGGGAGACCGCAGGCUUAUAUUUAGGCGUGAAAAUGGCCGCACCGCCCCUAGAAAGUCUAAAGCCGAUGUCAUCUUGCAGCUUAACCGCUGCCUAGCCCAGGCAGGCUUCCCGAACUUCGCCAGGGUAAUAGACGCCAAUUACACCGAAUCAGGGGCUAUCUCAGCCCUAUUGGACCAAGGAAGCACCGUAGGCUCGCUAUUACCAGCCUAUAAGGACCUAUUAGUGGCUGCCUGCCACCGGGUCGACCCCGCAGUCAUCUCAGUGGAAGCAGACCAACAGUGGCACAAGAUUAAGGUGCAUGCGGUGCCGGUAGCCCGCUAUAGCGCCUCAGGACUAGGCCUAGCCAGGGAAGAAAUUGAAUUAGGGGGCACAUGCACCCUAAUAAGAAACCCUACCUAG